CUUCCUGCAGAAAAAACCUCAGGAUUGGCCUUUUAAACAAAUCCAGUCUAUUUGCAUGUGGUCAGUUUGCAUACAUUUGUCUCUGGGCUGAGAGGGGAGCAACCUUGGGUAGUAAGAUUAAACCGUGAUUUAUUAGCUCUCACUUUGAAUGUCUGAACAGGGAGCCUCCGGGUGUCAACUCAAAGCCUGGUCUCAGGUUUGCUAAGUGAGAUUUACCAAACUAUGUAGCCGGUUGGAGGUAGUGACAGCCUCUAAGGUAGUCUGUUCCUCCCAGGCUUGAGGCCUUGAGUUCGAGGCCAGCCUGGUUAACAGCCUGGCCAGGCUGCUCAAAACAAAACAAAACAAAGCCUUCAGCUCGGAGGUAACAACCCUGCCCUUCCGUACACCCUGGGAAACUGUGCCCCACCCUCCCUGCCCCGCCCCCAUUGCCAGGACUCUCCUCCUGAGCCAGGUGAAACCAAAGGUACCAGAACAAAGACCGAACCCACAACCAUCCAGAGAAGGGGUCGCGCGGAGGGGGGCUGGUUUGCAUCCUCGCCCCUGCCCUGCCCAGUUCCUGUGUGAGACCACAGGGCAGGAAAGCCAGGCCCAACAGCCUGCUCCCCAGUUCCACCCCUUUUCAAGGCAUGGAGCUGGGCAGCUGUCAUUCACUGUAUUUAAGCAGCCAGCCUCCGCAGAGGGGCUGCUCGGCCAUGCUGGGCACAGGGACAUCUGGUCAGCAUGCUACUCUGGGCGGCUAACCUCAUCAGCCUGCAGCUCUCCAUCACCUACUGCUGGGCCUUCAGCUGCCACAAGACAGAAUCCUCUCCCGGCUUCAACCUUCCAGGAGAUUACCUCCUUGCAGGCCUGUUCUCUCUCCAUGCUGACAGUUUACGGGUGAGACACAGACCCCAUGUGACAUGUUGUGACAGACCCGGCAGCUUCAAUGGCCAUGGCUACCACCUCUUCCAGGCCAUGAGAUUCAGCAUUGAGGAGAUAAACAACUCUACAGCCCUGCUGCCCAACAUCACCUUGGGGUACGAGUUGUAUGACGUGUGCUCAGAGUCUGCCAACGUGUAUGCCAUCCUGAAUGUGCUCGCCCUGCAGGGGACUCACCUCAUAGAGCUACAGGAAGACCUCUACAGCUAUUCCUCCAAGGUGCUGGCAAUUAUUGGGCCUGACAACACCGACCACGUUAUUACCACUGCUGCCCUGCUGGGCCCUUUCAUGAUGCCCCUGAUCAGCUAUGAGGCCAGCAGCAUGAUACUCGGCUCGAAGGCCCAGUACCCCUCUUUCCUGCGCACCAUCCCCAGCGAUAAGUACCAGGUGGAGGUCAUGGUGCAGCUGCUGCAGAGCUUUGGGUGGGUUUGGAUCUCACUCAUUGGCAGCUACGGCUACUACGGGCAGCUGGGGGUUCAGGCGCUGGAGGAACUGGCCACACCGAGGGGCAUCUGCAUCGCCUACAAGGACAUCGUGCCUUUCUCUGCCCAGGUGGGCGACCCGAGGAUGCAGAGCAUGAUGCACCACCUGGCCCAAGUCAAGACCACCGUGGUUGUGGUCUUCUCUAACCGGCACCUGGCUGGAGUGUUCUUCCAGACCGUGGUGCUGACCAACCUGACCAGCAAGGUGUGGAUCGCCUCUGAAGACUGGGCCAUCUCCACGCACAUCACCCAAGUGCCUGGGAUCCAGGGCAUUGGGAUGGUGCUGGGUGUGGCCAUCCAGCAGAGGUCUGUCCGUGGCCUGAAGGCAUUUGAAGAAGCUUAUAUCAAGGCAGAAAAGGGUGCCCCCAGGCCUUGCCCCGAAGGCUCCAGGUGCAACACCAACCAGUUGUGCCGAGACUGCCAUACUUUCAUGGUGCACAGCAUGCCCAGGCUCGGGGCCUUCUCUGGGAGUGCAGCCUACAAUGUGUACAAGGCAGUGUAUGCUGUGGCCCACAGCCUCCACCAGCUCCUGGGCUGCAGCUCUGGGACUUGUUCCAGGGGCCCAGUCUACCCAUGGCAGCUUCUGCAGCAGAUCUACAAGGUGAAUUUCCUUCUACAAAAGGACACUGUGACAUUCGAUGACUACGGGGACUCCCUAAGUGACUAUAACAUCAUCGCCUGGGACUGGAUUGGGCCCAAGUGGACCUUCAAGGUCAUUGGCUCUGCCUCAUUGUCUCCGGUUCAGCUACACAUAAAUAAGUCGAAAAUCCAGUGGCAUGGGAAGAAGAAUGAGGUGCCUACAUCUGUGUGUACCAGAGACUGUAUUGAAGGGCACCACAGAGUGGUUAUGGGUCCCCACCACUGCUGCUUCGAGUGUGUGCCCUGUGAGGCCGGGACCUUUCUCAACAAGAGUGACCUUCACCUCUGCCAGCCUUGUGGAAAAGAAGAAUGGGCACCAGAGGCAAGCCCGGCCUGCUUCCCACGCACCGUGGUGUUCUUGAGCUGGCAUGAACCCAUCUCUUUGUUGCUACUAGCAGCUAACACUCUGUUGUUGUUGCUGCUGGUUGGGACCGCGGGGCUGUUUGCCUGGCACCUUCACACGCCUGUUGUGAGGUCAGCUGGGGGCAGGCUCUGCUUCCUCAUGCUGGGAUCCCUGGGCUCGGGUAGUUGUAGCUUCUACAGCUUCUUCGGAGAGCCCACAGUGCCCGCAUGCUUGCUGCGCCAGCCCCUCUUCUCUUUGAGUUUCGCCAUCUUCCUUUCUUGCCUGACCAUCCGCUCCUUCCAGCUGGUCAUCAUCUUCAAGUUUUCCACUAAGGUCCCCACAUCCUACCACACUUGGGCCCAAAACCACGGUGCUGGUCUCUUUGUGAUCGUCAGCUCAAUGGUCCAUUUGCUCAUCUGUCUCAUAUGGCUUGUGGUGUGGACGCCACUGCCCACCAGGGAGUACCAGAGAUCCCGGGAUCUGGUGAUGCUGGAGUGCACACAGGCCAACUCUGUGGGCUUCCUCCUGGCUUUUACCCACAACACCCUCCUCUCAGUCAGCACCUUCACCUGCAGCUACCUGGGCAAGGAACUGCCAGAGAACUAUAACGAGGCCAAAUGCGUCACCUUCAGCCUACUCCUCUACUUCGUCUCCUGGAUCACCUUCUUCACCAUGUCCAGUGUUUACCAGGGCAGGUACCUGGCUGUGGUCAACGUGCUGGCGGGGCUGACCACCCUGAGUGGCGGCUUCGGUGGGUACUUCCUCCCCAAGUGCUAUGUGAUCCUCUGCCGGCCCGACCUCAACAACACACAGCAUUUUCAGGCCUCCAUCCAGGACUACACGAGGCGCCUCGAGUCGGCCAGAUUGGGGGAAGCGGAACCGGAAGUUCCUGAGGGUUGACGAGCGAUGGGGUGGAAGGCCUGGGGGGUGCGGGUGACCUCAGAGCUCCUAAGUAAGCUUGCGAUGUGUCCAGCCCAAUAAAGAUCCGAGCGUGUGUCUUC